GAUGAAAAUGUUGCCCUUGGGGGUCGAGCCACUCAGUCUUCAAUUUACCGGAACCUGGGUGAAGGUUAUCUGACUGCAGCAAUAAAUGCAAUAGAUGGUAACCAGAACUCAGCCUUCUCCUAUGGCUCCUGUUCAUGUACCCAUAAUGACCUGUCUCCUUGGUGGAGAGUGGACCUGCUGAAACCUUAUAGUAUUGCCUACAUUACCAUCACUAACAGAGGAGACUGCUGUGGUGAAAGACUGAGUGGCGCUGAAAUCCUGGUUGGAAACUCAUUGAACGACAAUGGAAAUGACAAUCCUAGGUAA